AUGGAGGUGAAAACAUCACUUCUAGACAACAUGAUUGGGGUGGGUGACAUGGUCCUCCUGGAACCCUUGACCGAAGACUCCUUCCUAGAGAACCUGAGGAAGCGCUUUGACCACAAUGAGAUAUAUACUUACAUUGGCAGUGUGGUGAUCUCCGUGAACCCCUACAGGUCACUGCCCAUCUACAGCCCCGAAAAAGUGGAAGAGUAUCGCAACAGAAACUUCUAUGAACUUAGUCCACACAUUUAUGCUUUGGCUGAUGAGGCCUACAGGUCGCUAAGAGACCAGGACAAGGACCAGUGUAUCCUCAUCACAGGGGAGAGUGGGGCAGGGAAAACCGAGGCCAGUAAGCUGGUGAUGUCAUAUGUGGCAGCGGUGUGUGGGAAGGGACAAGAGGUAAAUAAGGUCAAGGAACAGCUACUGCAGUCCAAUCCUGUGCUGGAAGCCUUCGGAAAUGCUAAGACUGUGAGGAAUGACAACUCAUCCAGAUUUGGAAAGUACAUGGACAUUGAGUUUGACUUCAAAGGAGAUCCUCUUGGUGGAGUCAUUAGCAACUAUCUGCUGGAGAAGUCCCGUGUGGUAAAACAGCCAAGAGGAGAGAGGAACUUCCACAUCUUUUAUCAGCUUUUGUCUGGCGCCUCUGAUGACACUCUCAAGAAACUGAAACUUGACCGGGACUUCAGCAAGUACAACUACUUGAGCCUUGAUUCUGCCGUGGUAAACGGGUUGGAUGACGCCACCAGCUUUAGAACAGUCAAAAAUGCAAUGCAGAUUGUGGGCUUCAUGGAAGAUGAGGUACAGUCGGUGCUGGAACUGGUGGCAGCUGUCCUAAAGCUCGGCAACAUUGAGUUCAAGCCCGAGUCGCGAUUAAACGGCACGGAUGAGAGUCGAGUCAAAGAUAAAAAUGAUUUAAAAGAGAUGUGCGAGCUGCUGGGGAUCGAACAGACUGUUCUAGAAAGGGCGUUCAGCUACCGAACGGUGGAGGCAAAAGUGGAGAAGGUGUCAACUACCUUGAACGUGGCCCAGGCCUACUAUGCCCGAGAUGCCCUUGCCAAAAAUCUCUACAGCCGUCUGUUUAGCUGGCUUGUUACUAGAAUCAAUGAAAGCAUAAAAGCACAAACCAAAACCCGCCACAAGGUCAUGGGAGUGCUGGACAUAUACGGCUUUGAGAUAUUCGAGGACAACAGCUUUGAACAGUUCAUUAUCAAUUACUGCAAUGAGAAGCUGCAGCAGAUCUUCAUUGAACUGACUCUGCGUGAGGAGCAGGAAGAGUACGUCAGAGAGGGCAUCGAGUGGACCAACAUUGAAUAUUUCAACAAUGCCAUUAUCUGUGACCUCAUUGAGAAUAACCAAAACGGCAUCAUGGCGAUGUUGGAUGAGGAGUGCCUUCGCCCCGGAACGGUGACGGACGAGACUUUUCUUGACAAACUCAACACAGUUUGUGCCGAGCACCAACACUUUGAGAGCCGUCUCAGCAAAAAUUCAAAGUUCCUCAACGACCACAGCUUGCCUCACAGCUGCUUCCGCAUCCAGCACUAUGCCGGCAAGGUGCUGUACUGUGUUGAAGGCUUUGUGGACAAGAACAACGACCUACUGUAUCGGGACUUGUCACAAGCCAUGUAUAAGGCCAGCCACAGUCUCAUCAAACUGCUGUUCCCUGAGGGCAACCCUGCCAAAGUCAACCUCAAACGACCGCCCACUGCUGGCUUCCAGUUCAAAGCAUCAGUGGGCACUUUAAUGAGGAACCUUCAGACCAAGAAUCCCAACUACAUUCGGUGCAUAAAGCCAAAUGAUAAGAAGGCAGCCCACAUUUUUACAGAAUCACUGGUUUGCCAUCAAGUUAACUACUUGGGCUUGAUGGAGAAUGUGCGUGUGCGAAGAGCCGGUUACGCUUUCCGCCAGGCAUACGAGCCUUGCCUGGAGCGCUACAAAAUGCUCUGCAAACGGACUUGGCCACAUUGGAGAGCACCCGCCAGGGAGGGAGUCGAAGUGCUUAUGGCAGAUCUUCAGGUCCCCACUGAAGAAUUCUCCUAUGGCCGCUCGAAAAUCUUCAUUAGGAAUCCUCGAACGCUAUUCUUCUUAGAAGAAAGGAGGAGGCAAUGCCUGGAAGACCUGGCUACGCUCAUUCAGAAAAUCUACCGUGGCUGGAAGUGCCGCACACAUUUCUUGUUGCUGAAAAAGAGUCAGAUCGUGAUUGCGGCGUGGUACCGUCGCUAUGCGCAACAAAAGAAAUACCAUAAGAUCAAGAGUGCCACCACUAUUGUGCAGUCGUAUACUCGUGGAUGGCAGGCUCGCAAACUGUUGAGAGAGCUGAAACAUCAGAAGAGGUGUGAGGAGGCGGCGACCACCAUUGCAGCUUACUGGCAUGGCACUCAGGCUCGAAUGGAGCUGCGACGUCUAAAACAAGAAGUGCGGAAUAAACAUGCAGUGACAGUAAUUUGGGCAUACUGGCAGGGAACCAAGGCACGAAGGGAGUUGCGUCAGCUGAAGGAAGAGGCGAGGAAUAAACGCGCCGUGUCGGUCAUUUGGGCCGGCUGGCAGGGCACCAAGGCUCGCAGGGAGCUGAGGAGACUGAAGGAAGAGGCCAGGCGUAAGCACGCCGUCGCUGUGAUUUGGGCCUGCUGGCAGGGACUAAAGGUCCGUAGGGAAUACAGAAAAUUCUUCAGGGCAAAUGCAGGGAAAAAGAUAUACAACUUCACCAUUCAGAGAAUUAUGCAGAAAUACUUCUUUGGUCUCAAGAAAACUCUCCCUUCAAUGUCACCCAUUGACAAGAACUGGCCUGCCCGGCCUUAUCGCUUCUUGGAUGGAGCCCACACAGAACUGAAGAGACUUUUCCAUCUUUGGAGGUGCAAGAAAUACAGGAGCCAGUUCACUGAGGAGAAGAAGGCCGUGUAUGAAGAGAAGCUGGAGGCAAGUGAGCUUUUCAAGGAUAAAAAGUCUCUCUACCCUAGCAGCGUGAGCCAACCCUUCAAAGGAGACUACCUGGAGAUCAGCAAGAACCCCAAGUACCAGAAACUCAAUAGUUCAGUUGAGGAAAAGGUUCUUCUGGCGGAUGUGGUCAACAAGAUUAACAGAGCCAAUGGCAAAGGCGCGACUCGCAUCCUCCUGCUGACCAAGAAGAACGUAGUACUGGCAGACCAGAAAACAGGCCAAGUCAAGGCCAGCGUCGCUCUGCCCGACCUCACCAGCGUCUCAGUCAGCACGCAGAACGAUGGCUUCUUUGCUCUUAAACUCAAAGAGGGCUCAGCAUCAGCUGUCAAAGGAGACUUCUUACUCAGCAGCGAGCACUUGAUCGAGACUAUCACUAAACUCCACCACAUCGGUUCCACUGCUUCCGACGACGGGGAGCAGCUCAAUGUCGACAUCACGGACGAGUUUCUGGUACAAUUCAAGCAGGACAAAGUCUGCGUCAAGUUCAUCCAGGGAGCCCCCAAAAACGGCAACGGCGUGUCCUGCAAGCGCAAAAACAACCGCCUGCUGGAGGUGUCGGUCCCCGCCUCAGCAUAG